AUGGCUUUUCGAUUUAAUUUUUUUAUUGAUGAAAGUGAGAACAAUGAACCAGACACUCAUAAGACGGACUUACAGCUCUGCUCUCCGAAACACAAGCAGGAAUCGAUAGAAAAGGACAAGCAAACUGCUGAUACCAUAGCAGACUCCAGCCCCAGGCCGGGUACCGACAAGCACCAAGAUGAGAUGCCAUCAAAGAAAAAGUUCUGCUUUAAAGCUGCUAAGGAGCACAACGUACCUGAAGAUCUCAGCAAAGUAUUAGAAAAUAAAGUCAUGGAAACAGUUUCUGACCUGUAUUACAUGAAGAUGUCUCUAGUGGAGAUGACAUGUUUGGAUGGCACUGAUGAAGAAGGCAUCGUGUCUAAAAGUGUUUCUUCUCACUCCGAUCUCAUCCCAGGAGUCUAUGAGGGAGGGCUGAAAAUCUGGGAAUGCACCUUUGAUCUCAUCGACUACUUUUCCGAGGCCAAAAUACGGUUUACCAACAAGACUGUAUUGGAUCUUGGCUGCGGGGCUGGACUGCUGGGAAUAGUUGCUUUAAAGGGUAAAGCUGAAAAAGUCCAUUUUCAGGACUACAACAGCACAGUGAUUGACAAAAUAACCUUGCCUAAUGCAGUGGCCAACUGUGUAAGUGAAGGCAGUAGGACGGGCAGCGGAGAUGGCAGAAAAACUAGCAAGCCUCCUUCGAAGAGGCCCAAGAAAGCAGAGUGCUUACCUGAUGCGCUCACCAGAUGCAGAUUUUUUUCUGGGGAGUGGUCUGAAGUCAGCCAGCUCCUGUUAAGCAGCAGUAAACCCUUUGCAAAGUAUGAUCUAAUUCUCACAUCUGAGACCAUCUAUAAUCCUGACUACUACAGUGCUUUGCAUGAUACACUGGUGCAGCUCCUGGAUAAAAAUGGCCGUGUGUAUUUGGCAAGCAAAGUACAUUAUUUUGGGGUUGGCGGUGGUAUCUACCUCUUUGAGAAAUUCGUUGAAGACAGAAAUGUGUUUAGGACCAGCAUAGUUAAAACAAUUGAUAAAGGACUGCAACGAUGUAUUAUGGAAAUGGCCUUUAAAGAUUCCAGUUAAAAUUCAACCACUGGUC